CUUUAUCCAGAAUACCACUUUUUCAACAUCUCGGCGUUGGCAUUACCACACAACUAUCUUCUUGGUAGGGUUAGUCACCUCAUCCAAAUUUCACAUAAACUUUACGCAACAAAGAUCUGAAUAGGAGAUCCUUCAAGCCUUAACCUUCAAUGGCCUCUUCUUCGAUUGCAUCCAUUCAGAAAAGCUUUACAUAUGAUGUAUUUUUGAGUUUUAGAGGUGAAGACACACGCACCAAUUUCAUUGAUCAUCUUUACAAUGCUCUUCAGCAGCAAGGCAUUUAUACUUACAAGGAUGAUGAGGCAAUUAGAAAAGGGAAAAGGAUCAGUGAUGAGCUCAUCAGUUCCAUUAAAGACUCAAAAUUCUAUAUAAUUGUUUUCUCGAAGAACUAUGCAUCUUCAGCUUGGUGCUUGGAUGAGCUUGUGAUGAUAAUGGGGUGUCACAAGACGACUGAGCAUACUGCAUACCCCAUCUUCUAUGAUGUGGAACCGACAGAGGUCCGGAAACAAAGCGGGGCAGUCGGAAAAGCUUUUGCUAAACAUGAAAAUGAUGAGGCUGCUGGGAAAUGGAAAGAGACUCUAAAAGAAGCCGCAGAUCUGGCUGGAUGGGAGUUGAAGAACACUGCAAAUGGGCAUGAAGCCAAACUCAUCCAAAAAAUUAUUGAAGAAAUUUCACUACAGUUACGUUCCAUUGAUUUCAAUGCUGAUGAAAAACUAGUAGGCAUGGAGACCAGGGUAAAGGAUGUUGUAUCAUCUUUAGAAAUUGGUACCGAUGAUGUUCGUGUAAUCGGUAUCAAGGGGAUGGGAGGUGCUGGGAAGACAACUUUGGCCAGAGCGGUUUUUGAUCAAAUAUCCUUUCGGUUUGAAGCUAAAAGCUUCGUUGAGAAUGUUAGGGAAAAUUCAAACACUUCUUCGUCUGGUUUGAAAUUGUUGCAAAAUCAAGUCCUUAAAGAUGCCUUAUUUGAUCAAGGCAUCAAUGUGAGUAGUGUUCAUGAUGGGAAAAUCAUGAUGAAGAAGAAGAUGCGUAAUAAAAAGACUCUUCUUGUUCUAGAUGAUGUGGACCAUAUAGACCAGCUUGAGGCAUUAGCUGGUAAUCUUAAUUGGUUCAAACCGGGAAGUAGAAUUAUCAUUACAACAAGAGAUGAGCAGGUGCUCGUGGCACACCGGGUGAAGUUGAUUCUUAAUGUCAAUCUGUUAUCGAGAAAGGAAGCGAUUGGGCUCUUCAGUAGGUAUGCAUUUGGGGGAGAGAUUCCAAUUCAAGGGUAUGAAGAGCUAUCGGAACAAGUUGUACGGUAUGCUGCUGGUCUUCCCUUAACGAUGAAAAUUUUGGGUUCAUUUCUUUGUGGUAAAAAUAAGAGUGAAUGGAUAGAUGCACUAGAAAGAUUAAAAACAAUUUCGUUAAAGGAAACUCUUCAAAUAUUAGAAUUAAGCUAUAACAAUCUGGAGGAGGAUUACAAAGAAAUAUUCCUAAAUAUUGCAUGCUUUCUGAAACGGUGGUCAAAACAUACGGCAAUUGAUGUGCUUGAAAGUUGUGGAUUUCAUGCAACAAAUGGUUUAAAAGUUCUUGAGCAAAAAUCUCUCAUAACUAUUGUUGAUGAGCGUGGCAGCAUGCAUGACCAUAUUGAAGAAAUGGGCAGAAAUAUUGUUCGUCGUUUGCACCCAGAUAAGCCUGAGAAACACAGCCGAUUGUGGAUUGAUGAUGAAAUUAAAGAUAUAUUGGCUAAUGACUUGGGUACUAAAGCAACAAGAUACAUACAAUUCCAGUUAAUGGGAGGCAAUUUUGAAAUGGUUAUGAAGGGUCUUAGAAAGAUGAAGGAACUUAGAUUUGUUCACAUAUCUCAGAAUACAAGAUAUAAUUUUGCGGAAGAAAGGACAUAUGAUAAUGUCAGCCAAUACUUUCCAAAUGCUUUGCAAUAUCUGCGUUGGUACCGGUACCCUUUCUGGUCUUUACCCAACACAUUUCAAGCUAAUGAUCUUGUUACACUUAAGAUGGAAUGGAGCAAUAUCAAACAACUUUGGGAAGGGGGAGAGAGAAAGGUUCUUAACAAGCUCAAGAUUCUUGACCUCAGUUAUUCAGAGUUGACGACCCUUGAUCUUGGGUCUAGUCCAAAUCUCGAGGUGUUGUCUCUAAGAGGAUGUCGUGACUUGGUACAACUUGACACGCUCAAUGGAUGUCGAAAGCUCAAAUCCAUCGACCUUAGCAAUUCAAAGUUGAAGACAAUCGACCUUCGCCCAGCUGUGAACCUCGAGCUCUUACAUCUUCAAGACUGCAACGCUUUGGUAGAACUUCACAUGCCUGGUAAAUGUCUGAAUCUCGUAUCCCUGACACUCACUAGUUCACAGUUGAGGACCCUACACAUUGGACAGACUCCAAAUCUGGAGUAUUUAGAUCUUAACAACUGUUAUGAUUUGGAAGACCUUCACAUGGCCGAUAAAUGUCUAAAGCUCACAUCCCUCAACAUUAGUCGUUCAAAGUUGAAAACCCUUGACCUUGGGUUGACUCCAAAUCUGAAGAAAUUAGAUCUAAAAGAAUGUAAGAAUCUGGUAAAACUUCAUGUUCCCAUUGGAUGUCUAGAAGAUCUUGUCUACUUGGACUUAACUGGCUGUUUGAGGUUUACAUCUUUUCUGUUUGACGAAAGGAAAGAUGCUUCUAGUAGAAGGUAUGAAUCAAUCAAGGUUGGCCCUUUAGCCGAGUUACAUCUGUUUGCCAAGUCCCAAGAAACAUGCCCACUUCACCCCGAUAAUACUUUGCGAAAGUUUCAGUUUGAAUGUUUUUACAAAGAUGAUCCCACAUUGACUGGGAAUCUUGCGAAGCUUCUUUCUUUUGGUCUAUGUGCUUGCACAAACCCCAUGACAUUAUCAGGAAGCAUUUGUGGGUUACGGCGUUUAAGAAAGCUUAAAUUGGAAGGCUAUCUGGAGGCUCCCAAGGACCUUGACCAGGUAGAAUGUCUAAAAGAGCUAUGUUUUUCUAUGACAAAUAUGAAACAUCUUCCGGAUAGCAUUUGUAUGAUGAAACAUCUGGAAAUUCUUCGACUUAAAGAUUGUUGGAGUCUUGAGAAGUUACCCGAGGAUCUUGGCCGAUUAAAAUGUUUACAAAGUCUUACUUUGUCAUCUGCAAAGAUUAAACGUCUUCCCGAUAGCAUUUGUAUGUUGAAACAUCUGGUUUUUCUUGAGCUUAGUGAUUGUUUCUAUCUUGAAACGUUACCCGAGGAUCUUGGCCAACUAAAAUGUUUAAAGACACUAUAUUUGUCGUAUGCAAAGAUUGAACAUCUUCCUUAUAGCAUCUGUAUGCUGAAACGUCUGAGAAAGCUCACUCUUUUACGUUGUUGUUCACUUAAGACAUUACCAAAGGAUCUUGGCAAAUUAGAACGUUUGGCAGGGCUAUAUCUGUCAUCCUCAAUCAUCAAACAUCUUCCGGAUACCAUUUGUAUGUUGAAACAUCUGAAAAAACUUGUUCUUGAUGAUUGUUCAUUACUUGAGAAAUUACCGGAGGGUCUUGACCAAUUAGAACGUUUAGAGCAGCUAGACCUAGGGGAGUGUAAGAUUUUACAAGAUAUCCCAAUCGGCAGCAUCUGUAAGAUGAAAUGUUUAAAAUGGUUAGAUGUAGCAGGUACAAGCAUAAGUCGUCUUCCGCGUGACAUUUGUUUGUUGAAAGGCGUGUGUAUUUUAGGAUCGAGAGACCUUCUUCAAUCUUGUGGUUUUACAUCCGAGAUAAAAACCAUACACGACAAAGAUACCUGCUUCGUAGAUGUGUGAAUACCACAAGCCAAGAGUCUAUUAGUCAUUAGUGUCACUAUUUAUGAUGGAGUCUACCCUAUCUCCAUAAGGGCUCUUCUGGAGAGAAAACCAGUGACUAUGUAUAGAGUAUAUUGUCUCUUUGUAAGGGAUCUUUUGGAGGGAAUAUGAUUUUGAGAUGCUCUGAAGGCCUAGUAAUUCACAAAGAACUAUUCUAAUAGGUACUUUCUUUGUUUUCUAUUGAUCAUCUUAUUUUGAUUUGAAUUUUGAAAUCAGUGACUAUAAUUAUUUCUCUUGGCAAAACUCAGUAAUUAUACUCAAACAAAAUACUAGUAGUACGCAUAAAUGAAGAAUCUCUAUUAUAGUUGUAUAUGCUUGGUUUUAUAGGGUAGCUUAUUCACCGUUUGUGUUGAGUUUAGAGUCUUAUUCGACUUAAAACCAUCAAUGCAUGUCUUGGCAGAUCCAAAUACAAUGUUAGAAUUGAUCAAAAUUAAAUCCAAAUAAAUCCUAGAAACAGAUGUGGAUUUCAUGCAAAUAGUACUUAUCAAGUAAAACUUGUAUUCCCUUCUUUUUCCCAUUUUCUUCAUUAUUAUUGUAUUUGUGUCAGGAUCGAUCCUAAUAUUUAAAUCAUUACUUGCAAUUUGGAGUUUUAUGUCCAGGAAGCAAUACAAAAUUGUGUAGAGAAGAAACAUCACAAGGUUUUGAGUGGGAAUUAAAUAAGUCAAAUUACAACGAGAUAUAUAGGACGAAGGAUUCAAGUCAUUGCGAGUUAAUUCAUG